UCGAACAGAUCGACGAUGAGAUGGCGGAACUCCAAGAAAAACAGGAAGGUCUCACGAAAGCUUGGGACUUGGAACGAGGUCGCGUUGGUAAGGUGCAAACAUUGAAGGAAAAGAUCGAUGCCCUGAAGGUUGAGAUUGAGCAUGCCGAACGCGGGUAUGACCUCAACAAGGCAGCCGAGCUCACCUAUGCAGUCAUGCCGAAGCUUCAGAAAGAACUCGAGGCAGAAGAGGCAGUUCUGGACAAGGAUGGUGCGGAUUCAGAUACCGACGGCGGAUCUCGCAUGCUGCGAGACGAGGUCACGCCGGACGACAUCGCAUCCGUCGUGGCGUCUUGGACAGGCAUCCCUCCCGGAAAGCUGAUGUCCAGCGAACGCGACAAGCUGAUGAACCUAGAGGACAAGCUGCACCAACGGGUUGUAGGCCAAGAUGAGGCUGUGCGGGUGGUUUCGGAGGCUAUCCAACGUUCUAGGGCUGGACUCAACGACCCGGACAAACCCAUUGCCAGCCUCAUCUUCCUAGGUCCCACUGGGGUGGGCAAGACCGAACUCUGCAAGGCCCUAGCUGCGUAUAUGUUCGACACCGAGGACGCCCUGGUCCGGAUUGAUAUGUCCGAGUACAUGGAGAAGUUCGCUGUCUCGCGGUUGGUCGGGGCUCCACCGGGCUACGUAGGCUACGAGGAGGGUGGGCAGCUCACGGAUGCCAUCAGACAGAGGCCGUACUCGGUGGUGCUUUUUGAUGAGAUGGAGAAGGCCCACCCGGACGUGUUCAACAUCAUGUUGCAGCUUCUCGACGAUGGACGCGUUACCGACAGCAAGGGGAACGUGGUAAAUUUCUGCAACUGCAUCAUCAUUUUCACGUCGAACGUGGGAAGUCAGUCUAUUUUGGACGUUUCGUCUGCGGAGGGUGGAGGAGCUCGUGAGGAAAUGCGGAGCCGCGUCAUGGCGGCAAUGCGAGAGGGGUUCCGACCCGAGUUCCUCAACAGGAUCGACGAGUUCGUCAUCUUUGAUAGACUCUCCGCGGAGGAUAUGCGCCACAUCAGUCGGCUUGAGCUGAAGAAAGUCACUCUCCGCCUCGCAGAUAGAGAUAUUACGUUGGAGGCAUCGGAUUCCGCGCUCGACUUCCUCUCAACCGUGGGGUAUGACCCUGUCUACGGAGCUCGUCCUCUCAAGCGAACAAUCCAGAGAGAGGUUGAAACGGUAUUGGCGAAGCGCAUCAUAUCUGGCGAAAUCGCAUCGGGUGAAAUUCUGGUGGCGGAUGUCAUCAACGAACGUCUUGUGAUUGCGCCCAAGGGUACAACUUCUGGUUUAUCCCAGGGUGCGACUCCCGCUACUCCAGCCCUGGACAGCUGAUAUCGGUCCGUGUUACCCUGUUUGGUUCCUUUGUUUUGUUUUGGUCAUUUCUUCUUACGGUCCAUCUAUCUCGAAGAACAGUGUGUGUAUGGGGUAUGGGGGCGAAAACCAGCUGGUGGAACAAUGCCAUAAAAGGGUAGACGAAGUGGAGCCAGGUGUGGAGGGGCCGCUGAAUGGAUUGUAUGGUCGCUAGUUACGAAGCGAAUCUGCUCAGCGAGGUCAGGUGGAGGACGAGGAAGGCGAACCAUCUGCGGUGCAUUAAUAAAGAUGAUGCAGACCUAAGUUGGGCAACGAGUUCAACUGCACAAGGGGGUGGGUGGGGGUGAUGGAUAGUCGAACGAACGUUUAGCUCAAACAAAGUUUGGCUCACGUGCCCCUGCCCUGAGGCAACAUGUUAUUUCGAUUGGUGGAGGGGGCGGGCGACGGUGAAGUGGUUGAUGUACGGUCAUGACAGCCCUGGCCCUGGAGAAAAGAGCAAUGGAGGGAAUCGCAAAGCGAGGAAGCGUUGGUAUUGCGACACAUAACAAAUGCAGACAAUCAAACUUGAGGUUGAGCUCUGACGGGCCGCCAUGAGGGUAGCAUAGCAUGUGUGCAUUGCAAAGAAAGGCAGUCAUUGAGGACCAAUUAUUUGGGCAAUGAAAAGACAAUGAGGGGGAGGCACGACUCUUUUGCUUGCGUCGAACGACGCCGCGGCACGGCUGCUGAGGUGUUAGGUACCAACGGAUGGAAUACUUCGAAUUUCAAUAUAUUCCAAACAUGAGACAGCCCUGAGAGGUUGUUUCGUACGCAGUGCCGGAGUAAACGUGACUUUUUCGAUCUGGAAUUUUUAUCCAACCCCGAUUCUGCUGCAGGGCGGUCGAUGAUACACUAAAAUACUCUUACGACGCGUUGAC